UUAAAACACGGGAAGCUCUUCAUAUGUCAUGUUUGUUUAUCCGUUGUUACAUAGCUCUUCCUUGGGAACUAAACUUAUGUAUAAAUACCCUCUGUAGUAAACCAUUGAAAACACUACGUUGAGCUGUCUAAAAAGACAUGUCUACAUCUUUCUAGACGGAUAUUGAUUUAUACAUCAUUGACGCGCAGACAUAACAGUUCUUGCUCGACAUAUAAUCUAACAGCUCCCAUUGUAUGUUAGUUCGUAUGAAAAGCUGUAAAAAUGGAACCAAAGAUAACUUUCUACGUAUUACGGGAUUUCAAAGGAAGAAGCAAAGAUUUCACAAAAUCAUGCCCUGAUUUACUUGACGCUGGAAUUGACGACAUCACCACGUGUGGAUGGAGUGUCAAAUGCACAGGAGGGGUGUGGAUAUUAUACAGUGAAAAAGAUUACAAAGGAUAUAUAUUCGUCGUAGAUGAUGGAGACCAACAUAAUAGUAUAUUGUUUGGAGAGACGCACAAUCCUUCAGAUCAUUUUGCCACCUGCGGUGCGUUGUCUUUAAAAUUGCUGGACUACAAAGAUUUCACAGAAGAGCCGAAGUGUACAGUGUACCAAGACUGUUUUUCAGGGCAGUCGCUGACUUUCACUGACGAUGUACAAAACCUGGAACUCUAUAACUUUGACAAACAAAUGUCUUCAAUUGAGGUGCAAAGUGGUGCGUGGGUUGGAUAUACAGCACCUGUUUACAAGGGAGAGCAAACUCUGUUUCGGAAAGGGUUUUAUAAAAUGUCUGAUGGCUUACCAAGAGAUAACGGAGGAUUUUGCAAUGACAGCCUGUAUUCGUUUAGCAAAAUCGUCUUGAAACCUGCGGGUAAGAUUAAGCUGAAGAGUAUUGAUUAUGACUUGAAAAAAAGUAAAAUCCAAAAUACCUCCUCAACUGUCUUCAGUUGGGCUCAAGAGAAUAAUACAUCAGUAGAGCAGACUCUUACAAAAACCGACGUUCCAACAGAAAGGGACGAUACAUAUGAGUUCAGGUGGGACAAAGCCUCUAAAAUACCAGCAACCUUAAAAGCAAAUGUUAGUAUUCCGUGUAAUGGUUCCGCAGGAGUCAGCUUGAGUCCUCAGAUGUUGGUCAGUAUGGGGAGGACUGCAGGGACACAAAAGUCUAAAACUGACAAAUGGUUUGGGGAGUAUUUUUCAAAAAUUCCACGGUAUUCCACUGUUACAGUGACAUCGACAUUAACCGAAGGAAAAACCAACAUGCCAUUCACCGCCAUAUUGUAUUACGGCGACGACACUGAACACACAUUUGUAGAAAAGGGCGUGUUUUAUGGAUGUAACUUCUUUGAUUUCCAUACCGAAUUCAACGAAACGAAAUUACCAAAGCCAACAUAAACAUUCCGUAUCUUCUGUAUUUGCAAUGUAACAUGUAAAAAAAAACAAUCUUAUCUUUUCAUUGUAUACCACAUAUCUAUGUGCAUGUAGUAAUUAUGCGGGGUUUUUUGUAUUCACGACAUAAAGGAUUACCCGCUUUUUUUUAUUUUGAGCUAUUUUCUCGGUCAGAGAAACAUAUUUCUCCUCACUAGUGAAAAAACUGUUCUACGCAAAUGAUUGGUCGAUAUUUUAUUAUGACGUAAAAUUUUCUUGGUUUCUUCUGAUUUGACCUAUUGUGACAUCGUGAAAAAAGGCGACCAUGCUGAUGACGUCACAUAUGAAAAACACCUUUCUGCAAAUCUGAAAAGGAAGGAUAAGAAAAUAAAAGAAACAGAUUCAACCACUAUAACUUAUAUAUUACGAUAUUUCUCCACUCUCAACAGUUUAAUUUUCAUUAUUUAAAAUGCUCGGCAAGUCUCGCGCUUUGAAAAUCAAAUUUAACUGUUUCGAGUGGAGAAAUAUAGUAUCACAUGUGUUACAGUGGUGGAAUCCAUAUUUCCGCAAGUCGGUAUAUAUAGGUUUUGUUUCUUGGUCUUCGGCACCACUUUCAAUUAAUUCGGACAUAACAUGUUGGCUAGUUUAACACAUCGGAAGAAAAAAGAAUCAAAUUUCAUCAGAAAAACUAUCAAAUAAUAAGAAGACUAAUUAAUAUUACAAACAGAACAGCUCUGACAAUGACUAGAAUGCAAUGAGUUGAUUUAACAUUAGAUACCACUUUUCCUUUUCGCAUUAUAAAUUCAGUCAUUUAAAAUGUUUACAUAAGUAGAAACAUGGCUCUCAAUUAAAUGUGUGUUUUAUAGUUUGGAUAUUUCAUAUACACUAUCUAUGUUUCUAUGCUUAUAUGACGUGUUUUGUGGGUGUAAUUUGCUAAUAAAAUUAUUUAAAUUCA